UCUCUCCUUUCUCUGUAUUGUGCGUGGAGAAGCGAGAUGGAGCUGGGACUGAGGAUGGGGGAGGCGCCUGCGCGGCGGCCUUUAAGGGCAGCGAAGGCGGCGCCACUGAAGGGGUUAAGCCGGUUGGAUUUGGUGCUUGGGAUUGGUCGGAGCGAAGAGGGUGAGGAGGAGAAGGGAAGAGAGGAAGAAGUGGAGACGGAGGAGAAAGAGGAGGGAGAGGAAAAGGGCUCUGGGGAGCCACCCCCGCAGCUCAACCUCGAGGCCCUCUUGCCUGCCCCACCGCAGCGGUCUUCUCCUGCCCUGCUCCGGCGCCGAUGGGCGACUGAGACCAGGAAUUCCGAAGCUUCUAUGCGGGGGUUGGACGUGAACCGGUCGCCGUCGGCGGAGGAACGGGCGUCGUCCUCGUCGUCACCGAACAGCACCGUCUCCUGCCCUCAGAUGGAUUUCUCCGCCCAGCGAGGCGGCGUCCAGAAGGGCGGAGGCGGCGGGGUAGGAGCGGCGGCGGCGGCGGCGGUGGGGAGGGCGUCGUCGCGGGUGAGCGACGAAGAGGAGAACGGGUUGGUGAGGAAGAAGCUCCGGCUUUCCAAGGAGCAGUCCGACUCUCUGGAAGAGAGCUUCAAGGAGCACAGCACUCUCAACCCGAAGCAGAAACUUGCUUUGUCCGAGCAGCUCAACCUGCGACCUCGACAAGUCGAGGUCUGGUUUCAGAACAGAAGAGCCAGGACGAAGCUGAAGCAGACGGAAGUGCACUGUGAGUACCUGAACCGCUGCUGCCAGACGCUGAUGGAAGAGAACCGCCGUCUCCAAAAGAAGGUAGCGGAGCUGAGGGCCCUCCAGACCUCUUGCCACGACUUCUCCAUGCACCUCCCAGCGACCACCCUCUCCAUGUGCCCUUCCUGCGAGCGCGUCGCUCCCACCCCCACAUCCAACUCCGCCUCUGCGGCCGCAGCUUCAGACCACCAGCCGAACUCCUUUUCUGCCCUGAUCCCGAAGCCUCGCCCAUCCUCCCUGGCCGUGCAGCCUGCUCCUGCGGCGUCUCGCCAGUCGUCGCCGGCCUCCUGAACGCUGGUGGCGGAACCACCGAGCAGUGGCUGUAUCUCGCCAAAAAAUCAUUGUAAAUUCUCAUAACGUGAAGGGCUUUCUUGUCAUUUGACUUUUUUUUUUUUUCUUUUUGGGAGCUUGUGGAGAUUUUAUGACUCGUUUUCUUCAAAUUUUUAGAGGGAGAAAAGAAAUAAAAAUGCUUCUUCUAAUUA